AUGCCCCCCAGUGUCUAUACUGCCCUCUCGAAGUUGGUGAAGCCGCUCCUAGCUGGCGGGCUGCUUCGUCUUAGCUUGGUUACCCUUGCUGGUGCCUGGAUCGAGCUCGACUACAUUGAUGUCUUCCAACACCUGGCUCAGACAGAAGUCCUGCUUGCCUUGCUCCCUCAUUUUGUGCUCUCUGGAGACCAAUCAACCUUCUAUAAACACGAGAUUGCAGCCCAUCAUCCCCGCCUACUGUCUAUAAUCCAUGAAGCAGAGGUCCCCAUCUUUAACCCAACCCCCUCAUCAGCAAAUAAUUCGGCCAACUCGCUGGUCCCAGACAAGGGAUUUCUCGAGGAUCUGAUAUCCAGCUUUGGCCUUUUUGAUAAAUUUUCCAAUGCCUUCUUGGAGAGUCUAUCGGACCUCUCCUAUGAGCUUCACCCUAAUACGACCGGGCUUGAGGAGAAUCCUUUCAAUAUGAGCUUCCUCCUUAAUGACCCAGACAGCCCUAAUAAGUGGACUUACAAAGAUUUCAGUGGUAAGGUUGGUGACUCUGGGCGUGUAAGCAAUAUAUCCCGGCAUUUUCUAGCAAUGGAGUUUCAAUUUGGAGAUUUCUAUAACCACAUAUGCCCGCCAAUCUACCGCCGACUCGCACGCGUCCACUACUUGCACGAGAAACAGUACGAGAAACCUCGUGUAAAUGAUUCGGAUGCUCCUCGGCUCUUAUGUCUUAAGAAGCUGGCUGGAGACGCUCGGCCCGAGCAGACGUGGACCCCGCCUUUUGGUUGUCAUAAAGGAGCAUUUGAGUAUAGUGAGGAGAAACAGGAUACAGCCUUCAUCUUUGAGAACGAUGAAGUAGAAAAGUAUAGCAAGGAAAAACUCCGACUGACGUCCUGCGAUCCUAGCUUGCGGCCAAGUUCUCAUUUCCUUUCAGCUCAGCGGCAUAAUAUGACAGCCGAGGAUCUCACUAGAGUUGUCCUCGGAGCUACCAUGAAACCCGUCUUGAUUCUAGACGACGAGGGAGAGGAUGAGAUUGGGGCUAAUUCCAAACCAUUAGCAGACUGGAACACCACAUAUUCUGUUAGCUCCAUGCAAAGGCCAAAUCCUCUGUCCUUCUUCAUUAAGCCCUAUUUACUUUAUCUCCGUCACAUCGAGAAACUGCCGCCAAUUAUGCAACGCCGAAUUCGUCUUCUUGAGCGCCAUCUACCCAGGUUUCAGCGUAUCACCGAUGAUAUUAGCCCAAUCAUUCUUGCCAGUGGCGACAAGAGACACACAGCCUUGCUUCAAGAGGUAGAAUGCAUGAUGCUGCUGUUCCACCGCAUUCUCCGUUUCUUGAUCGACAUCGCGACACCACGCCUAGAAAGCAUGAUUAUACGAGUAAGGGAUGGGUUGCGGCUGGUAAUGUUUAUCCAGGCCAGGCAGAACGACUUGUUGGGUAGCCUCGGUUCUCUCCUGGGAGAGUCUCACGAGGCUUGGCUAACGACGCCGUCAGAGCAGGCUCGACGGCACCAGCAGCGGUCGCCCUUGCCGCACGGUAACCAGGAGAGUCAUUCCGUUUCCUUGUUCCGUCAAAUUUGGGACACUGCAUUCUAUCCUUGGGGUCUGCGUGUCUAUCCCGAUCUACUUGACAUCGCAGCUGAUCUCAAAGAACACUACACUCUAGUCACUUGGCUGGAACUGGAGCUGCAGAAGCUACUGGGAAUCAAAGAACAAGAAUACAAUGAAGCUGAUUUCGCCGCCCGUCCACAAGACUGGCCUCUUAACUCACGCUGGGCAAUGGAGUCCGACGAGGGGGAAAUGGGCGUCACCGUUGAUGACAAGGCGAACCACGGCCAUAACUUCUCUCCUCUAUUCAGGGGUGGCAGAUGCGACUGGAUUAUUACAGGGGAUAACAAACCAGAGUGGCCUCGCGGUGUCUGGGGAUAUUUAGAACGCAUCAUCUCCAAGCUGGGAGCCGGAUGGUUGUUGUGA